AUGGCCAACAGUCAGGAAAGCAGCAAAUGGCUAAAGUCCGAAAACAGCCGUCCUCGUACUUUGACCUCUUCACUUCUGCGGGCCUACUGGGACAGUGGCUUGGUCACAUCUCUGGCAUGGGCACAGUUUCAUCGGAUCGUGCGAACGAAAUGCAGAUGGGCGAUUCGCCCUGUGCGAAAAACAGAUUAUUGCGACCAUUGCCACUUGCUUCAGACAUCGAUUCUGCCUGGUUUGAAGAAGCUUUUCGCUCGGGCACAACAAGUGUUGUCCGAGACAAUGCCAUCGUAUUUUCGAACCUUCCCAGAAGCUGCAGAGGCGGAUGAAAUCGCAUCUUGCGAGGCUUUCAGUCGGUUCAUUUAUACGCAUGGCACAAACAGGCAAGAAGACCGCAAGGAGCUCCGACCCAUGGUUGCCCAGAAGCUUCACGAGCUUGAAGCCAAGAUCUCGCACCGCUUGACGUGGGAACUCAAGGUGGCCAAGAGUUACCACUGGCAUCGGCUGAUUGCGAAACGUCAGGCGCAAGCAAGCAACCAAGUGCUGCUCUGGUCCGACUACAAACAGAACCUAACAGUGCCCCUGGCGCACACCGAAACUGGUGAUAUGUUCUAUGGAACCAGCCGCAUGGAGAUGACAUGCUGGGGAUGUUUGGUGUUCCAAAAGGCAGGCGACCAGCUGCGCACGAAGCACGUCAUCGUGAUUUCUUCGAUUAUCGAGCAUACUGUGCUCGUGUCAAACCUCCUCUAUGCAGAAGUCGCCAAACACAUCGACAAUUUGCCCGAUUGGCGAGGUUGGAUUGGAGACUGGGUGGAGUCACAGACCCCACGGAAAGUGCGUCUCUCCUUCUUUGGAGAGAAGCACGGCAAAGGCCAGGUCGAUGGACUUUUUAGCCGCAUCGAGGGAUGGAUUCAACAUCACCUCAAAAGGCCUGGUCGCCGCAUUUCCAACAUUGACGAAAUGGAGCAGGUCUUGAAGAACGAAGCAGCUCGGGCGACAAAGAUGGACCCUGCAAUGGAGUACAUUGUUGUACGGUGGGAGCCCGAACAGAAGCCAGCGUCUGCCUGGGUUUUUCCUCAGCGUGAGUCCCAGAUCAGCAAAACGUAUUGCUUACAACUACUGCCCGACAAUCCCAACGUGCACGUGCGUACCACCAGCAUUGUUGAUUUCACAUUCACGGAAAUGUCUCAGGAAGGGCAAGGUUCCAAAUCGUUUCCAAAAGUGUUUUUGGAGACGAUCCGGGACAGUGCUUGGAGACGCGCGUACUUCUCAAACACGAGAUGGGACAGGAAACGUCCGUCUCAAGGCCAGGCGGAUGCGGUUGUAAAUCGUUUCGAGGAACACAAACGGCGGAAAAUGCAAGUUCCGGAUCUGGAAGACGAAUGGGAGCGCACUGCCAGGAAACAAGCGAACAGACUGCUCAGGCGACGGGCAAGGUGGCGUGAACUGAAACAGGAGCUAGAGGCUGGCAACGCACAAACGAGUUCCUCGAGCAGUUCGUCCAACUCCUCUUCCUCGUCCGCUUCAGACAAGUAG